AUGGAUGGGGCUGUUCCUGUUCCGGUGCGCCGCCCACUGCCAAAGGCAAAGAAGCCUGCGCUCAGGCGCGCGGAAGCGAGGGAGAAGUUGAAUGAAGUCACCGAGGUUGUCAGUCUUACUGGAUCCUCAUCAUCGCAACAUCGUGAUGGCGCGGACGACGACAAUGAGGGAGCGCUUGGGGCAGUAGAGACACGCUCGGUGCUCGAAAGAGAAUGCGCGAUAUGUCUCUCAACCCUCCAUGCCCCCGCCCCUCCCGAGCCCGCCAAACUCUCCCCAGAAACGCCCAUAACCGAUGCCGCGGCCCUACCCGCCUCGCUCCCCCAAUCCACAGACCCCUCAGCACCACGACCAUCAUCGUCCGAUCCCGCCGACCAAACACCCACCGCCACCACUCCCGACUCCGAAACCAUCCUCAAGCUCCUCGUCUGCAGCCACGAAUUCCACGCCGACUGUCUCGUCUCGUGGUUCGUCCUCCGCAAGACCAGCUGUCCGAUAUGCCGCUCCAUGUACAUGAGCAAAGAAGCACUCGAUCAGCACGACGAGGAAGAGAGGAUCGCGCUAGGCGGCGAUGCGACGCCUGCGGCGUUGGAAGCGGGGACUGCGAAUCAGACACCGGCGCCGCUGCCUAUGAGUAAUUGGCAGUACUUCUUGCAUGGGAGUGGGAUCAGGAGACAGCAGGCUGUUGAGGCGAGGACGAAUGCUCAGGCUGAAGCGCAGACUCAAGCGCAGGCUCAGCCGGCGGUGGAGUUGCAGGAUCGCGCGCCGCAGACAGGGGAGCAGACUGAGGAUGCGAAUGGUACUGUGGCUGCGGGUCCGGUGGAUACGGCCGUGCAGCAGCCAGAUCAGCCGUUUAGGUCAAGGUGGCAGAGAAUUUUGAGGCGUUAA